GGAGGAGCUGUCGGGCUGCACGGAGGUGGUCCAGCAGCACAGGCAGGCACUCGCCGGAGCCCCGAACCUCAGCAACAUCCAGCUGUACUGGAGCAGCUACAACAGCCGUCGGGACCUGAACUUCGAACGCGGGGGAGACGUCACCUUGAAGUGCCCCGUCAUGCUGGUGGUGGGAGACCAGGCGCCCCACGAAGAUGCUGUGGUGGAGUGUAAUUCCAAACUGGACCCCACGCAGACCUCCUUCCUCAAGAUGGCAGAUUCCGGGGGGCAGCCCCAGCUGACUCAGCCUGGGAAGCUGACGGAGGCCUUCAAGUACUUCGUGCAGGGCAUGGGAUACAUCCCCUACGUCCUGGACAGGAAACUGAUGGCCUCCUCCUGCAUGACGCGCCUGUCGCGCUCCCAUGGUGUAGCAUUACGGCCGUCAACACUCUGCCUGUAUUGGGCACUAGAAGGCUAA